AUGAGUUCACGUCUUGUGAAACCAGCAAGAGUCCAUGCCUGGACGCUUGCUGAUAGCUAUAGCUUCAUCGCAACCUUUAUCCGCCGCCAGCAUACAGAUGCUAUCUCGGGCUCGCAGGCUCAACAUGAACUCCAGCACCCGCGGGCACCCGGUAGAACAGGCAAGCAAUCCGAGCGACGGCAUUUCCAUGACUACUUCGUGACCCAUCUGCCCGUCUCCUCUCUCCACCCGGAUUCUCGCAUAUCGUCCGGUCCGCUGCACCAUCUUCCUCGGUCGGAAUGCACUCCGCAUGACGGUCCCACAAAGGGAAUAUCGCCCGCCGCGGUGCUGUCGCCGGUAGGCGUAUCGCGUGAAACUACCGUUGUGCGCAUUCCACUCCGGAGCGCAAAGCACCACUUUGGCGCAUCCGUAUCGCGUGGAUCGCGUCCAACAAAUGAAGACACAUACCAGGCAGGCGUCAUCGAACUGCCUGCGUUUGCAAAACGGCCACCGCUAUCCCUCACAAUCGGCCGACGAUCCGAGGACGCAGUGUCGUCGAGCGCACCGGCAGAAAAUCGGGUUGCUGAAAACGCUACAGGCGAUCCCCAGGUGUUUUAUUUUGGCGUUUUUGAUGGACAUGGGGGCGUUGUGUGCAGUGAAUUUCUCAGGGAUAAACUACAUGCAUAUGUUCAAGAGGCCGCCAUGGCGUUUGAGCUGGGAUCCAGCCUUGGGAAGAAUACACAGAAACCAACACUGCCUUACAGACCUGUCCGGAACAGGGAGGCUUUUCGAGAAAGCCAACAGGCCUACAGCCACGACAGUGGCAAAUCAUCUUUUCAUUCAUCGAGCGAAGGGCACGGUGGGAACUCUAUACUCUCAGGUGACCUGCCAAUCUUACACCCCGGGAACAGAUCGGUCAUCGGUGAACUCGAGAAAUCGCUAGUCAACGACUGGAGGAAUCUGGUCGGUGGUUAUUUCAGACGGUUUAAACCAGCCCACUUUUGUUAUUUUGGGGACAACGACCUUCACUCCGAUGGGUUCAGUCCUGGGCCCCAUAAUCUCGGCUUGGACAUGCAUAUGGGUGUACCGAUUGAAGAGGUGCUAGAAUAUGCCUUUCUGAAAGCUGAUUAUGACUUUAUCAGCGAUCAAGCCUCAAAACAUGAUGACGACUCUGCUCGUGCCGAAAGGCCGUUGAAUGAGCUGGACAUUCUUCAUAACCCGGGUCGACUGAGAAAGGCAACGGUGGGAGGGUCGGCCCGUUUCAAGGGCGGGAGCACUUGCAGCAUUGCCAUGAUAUCUACGCCCACGCCAGCCCCUUUUUGGCACCCUUCAGCGCCAUCGUCAUUGGUCGUUUCGCAUGUUGGUGAUACUCGAGUUCUCUUGUGUUCUACUGCUACUGGUGGCGCAAUUCCGUUGACAACAGACCAUCAUCCUUCUUCUCCCGUUGAGAGUAACCGACUACGCCGCUAUGCCACCUCCAUGGUCACCGAUUCCUUUGGGGAGGAGCGCAUCAGCGGUUUGGCAAAUAGCCGAGCGUUUGGCGACAUUCAGUCAAAACGCAUCGGGAUCUCAGCGGAACCCGAGAUUCGACGCGUCGAGAUGGGCCCCGCGGAGUAUUCAUUUCUUGUUCUCAUGUCCGAUGGCGUAAGCGGCACUCUGUCGGAUCAGGAGAUUGUGGACAUUGUCAAGGAGGCAAAAACGCCAGACGAGGCUGCGCGUGAUGUUGUCAACUUUGCGACAGAGGUAUCGAAAGAUGGAGACAAUGCCACCUGCCUGGUGGUUCGACUCGGGGGUUGGGAGAGACGCCUUGAAGGAGGGCUGGGUAGCCUGAGCACCAAGGAGUCGAGAGACUGGCGCAGACAAGAAGCCUCUGAUCCGCGAGGGCGACGAACAUGA